AUGCAUGAUAAUUCUCGUCAUCUAGAUGCUAUGUACUACUACAUGCGAACUCUAGCUGCUACCAAUCCCUUUCCAACUGCUUCGCAGAGCCUGUCUGCCCUUUUCGGUGAGAUGCGAGGCCGAGCAGAACGUGCGCUUUUGGCCAGUCAGCGGGACUCGGAUUCCUCAAACUCCCACGGUAGCAACAAUCGGGGUUCUGUAUUCUCCAGCUUCCUGCCAACUUGCCGCCCUGGACCGCCUGGAAUCUGUUCUCGGUACCGACGUGCAGAGGUCUGGAUCCAUCCAAUUGACGGCGCUGUCACACUUGUACAAGGCAAUCGCAGCCUCUCUUUAGCAGCUAGAGCAGCUGCUGCUGCGGCCGAUGUCCCGAAACGCCGAGGCUGUAGCGCUAGCUCUACGUCUGUUAAGACUCAUCGUUCUCAAAUGCCAGUAUCAAAUGCCUCUCCAGUUACGGGCCGAAGACGUCUAGAGAGAGGCAUUUCGGGCAAACAGGCGGCUGGACGACCUGAUGUGGGUUCACUGAAUAGUGCGGCCUCAGGACGCGCUGAACCCGGAUCGGAGGAUGGGGUUGCUGAGGAUGAUGAAGAUGAUGACGAAGAGGAAGAGGAUAAUGAGGAAUAUGAUGAAGAUGCUCAGGCAGAGGCAGAAGAAUACGCUAACAACUCAUUGAUUCAGAAAUGA